CGUAUUUCGUUUUCGAGAUUGGACUGCUUGGUACUGCUUGGUACUGCUUGGUACUGCUUGGUACUGCUUGGUACUGCUACUGCUUGGUUCCUUCCUCCAGCGUCCCCCUGGUAUGGUUGGGAUGGAUGGGAUGAAAUGCGUACUCAGACGAAGUAAGUUAUAUAACACAGGCUCAGUCCGUCAUUCCUGGUAUACGUGCACUGAGAGGCACAGACUCCUGAGUCCCGACUCCUGAGUGCGACGAUUUCAUACCCCUAUUGCAACUUCAGCUAUGGAGCCUAGAACACUCUCCUUUGCUUUCAACCGCUUGCCCCCAGAGCUUCGCCUCCAGAUAUGGGAAGAAGCAUGGCUCUCUCACGAUCAGGGUAUCGGCAGGGUGGUCGACAUGGUCUCGGUGCCCAGGGUACAUACCAUCGGGAGAGUAACUGCGGCGGCGUCUAGUCCGUCUCGACUUGCCCUCACCCUCCCACGAUUCGCCCUCGCUAGCAAAGAAGCCAUAUAUGCUGUUCUCCAAGCUCACCCCAACUUCUGCACCCAUCAGCCUCAUACCAGAGCCAACUUCAGCAUCGACACCCUUCGCUGGAGAGAAUCCUCGCCUGAGACCACAUCGGCCAUCGGGUUCUGCCACCACGGCUGCCGCGGCCGCCGGCGCGUAGAGCGCAUUGUACUUCAAUCUUCCACCCAAGGCUUCAUCCGGCCAGAUGCCAAACCUCCCCGCGAUACCAGCGGCCCCUCUACUACUGCCGACCCUCUCAAGCCCUUCCCUCUUGGCCGCCUCGAUGCCCCGCGCCUCCGCCACGUCUGGUUCGAAUACCUCCUCAACUCCCAAGACGCUUCCCCCUUUGACGCCCAGAACGCGUGCUCGCGCCACGUCCGCUUCCAGAACCAGAUACCGCUUCACUGCUACCUGUUCCGCUACUUCACAUCCUCGGGCCGCGUCCAGGUUGCCCGCCUGGACGCCUCCCCCGCCACGGCCGUCUCCCAAGUCGAUGGGCCCUUGAGCAAACAGCUGCCGGCCGGGUCGAUGCUGGCCUACGAGCGGCAGAUCUUCUGGGCCUCCGCGAGUAUGCACAACCGGCGCGCGCUGUACGCCCGUGUCUGCAUCGUCCCGGGCGGCAAUGGGGCCGGCGGCCACGCCGACGGCUGCAAGGAGGAUCACGAAGAUCGCCGUGUCGAUCCCCAAGUUUCCGAUGCUGACAGGGCUGUCAGCUACGAACAGGAUCUGGCCAAGAAGGAUGACGAGGGACCCGCUUCCCUUGGCCGUGACCAAGACAGCGACGUCGGUGAAUGGGACGACGUCUCCCCUUGGUCGGAGGAGGAGACCGAUGACCUGGCACACUGUCGCACCAUCUGGCAGAUAUUAAUGGGCCAGGUUGAAGCCCGCCUCCUGGAUUCACACCAAUGAUAAACUGCUUUCUCUCUCCUAUACUAUUUUGAAAUUCCAUCUAUCAAACUGGCUCGGUGUAGUUGCGUUGCACCUAACCUGUUUCAGUGCCAAUUGUUCUGUUCCUUUUUAUUUUUCUUUGGUGUUUCUUUUCAUUACCAAGUCCCCGUUUUUUUCUUCUUCUUUUAUUGCUUCACACCCUCUCAGUCUUCUAGGAGCACAAAGUCCUUCUUGGCUGCAUAUGCCCAGUAGCUAAGACUUCAAUGUCGGCCCCCCC